AUGGCGGUAACACUUUUCUAGCGAGAUUUGAUUUUCCCUCCUAAGAAUUGAAUCUGAAAACAGAGAAAUGGCAAUGGAGGGAGUAGGUGGAAGCGGUGGUGGUAGCAGCGAUGUGGAAAACGACUUGGAAAUGAAGCUUUUACGAGACAGAUUCAGACUCUCCGCAAUCUCCAUCGCCGAAUCUCAAGCAAAUAAAAGCGGCAUGGAAGUUUCGAAUGUCGUAGUCGCUUGCGUUGCCGAUUUGGCCUUCAAAUACACCGAACGGUUAGCUAAGGAUCUUCAACUAUUCUCACAACAUGCAAAUCGUAAAUCUGUAAAUAUAGAAGACGUCAUACUCUCCGCGCAUCGAAAUGAACAUCUAUCUGGCUUGUUGAGGACUUUCUCCAAUGAUUUAAAAGCCAAAGAUCGUCAAUUUGAGAGGAAGCGAAAGAAGAGUGACAAAACAACGGUUUAGUGCAUAUAUUGCUAUGAUUUUUAAUUGGCCACUUUUCUUGGACUUAAUAGCUGUUUUGGUAUAUCUAAUACUCCAUCUUUAUUGUCUUUUGCGUCCUUUGGAGUUUAAUAGUUAAUAUCAGCAAAUACUAUAGGGUGUAGUCUAUAUGUAAGGCAACAUACUUGUAUAAUUAUUCUAGUUCAAACCAUUUUUUACUUUGCAA